AUGGAUCAGGACAGCAGCCACACGGAGCGGACGACGUCGACACCUCCCGACAAGACUGCCGAGCCAGAUGGCGUCGUCCAGGUCGACCAGAAGAAGCAGGACGAGAUCCGUGCCGCCUGUGCAGAGGCUGAUAUUCCCGAGCUGCAGCGCCUUGCGGAAUCGGCUGGUGGCUUCCUGACCGACAAGCUACGGCAGCUAGCUUGGCCAAUAUUGCUGGGAGUACCUGCGCCGAGCACAACCGCCAACGACGAGCCGUUCCCCAGCUCCGAAGAUGAUGGUGGCAGCUGGAAAGAGCUGCCUCGCCACCGCGACGAGGACCAGGUCCAGCUGGACGUGAACCGAUCGUUCGUCUACUACCCUCAUGACCUCUCCGAGAGCGACCUGGAAUGGCGCCGAAGCCAGCUGUCGGCCCUGAUAUCGCAGGUGCUUCGCACGUGCCCUUACCUGUGCUACUUCCAGGGCUACCACGACAUAUGCCAGGUGCUGCUGCUCGUGCUCCGGCCCGCGUGGGCGUCCCCCUGCGUCGCGCGCCUCUCGGUGCUGCGCAUCCGCGACUUCAUGCUGCCCAACCUCGGGCCUACGACGGCGCAGCUGCGCCUGCUCCCGGACGUCCUCGCCGCCGCCGACCCGGCCCUCCUGCGGCACGUCGCCGCCGUCGAGCCCUUUUACGCCCUUGCGGGCACCCUGACCAUGUACGCCCACAACAUCGACUCCUACCGCGACAUUGCCCGCCUCUUUGACGUGCUGCUCGCCCGCGAGCCCGUCUUCAGCAUCUACGUCUUUGCCCAGAUCGUCGUCGACCGCCGCGAUGAGAUCCUCGACGUCGACGAGCCCGACCUGCUCCAGGUCAUCCUCGGCCGCGUCCCCGCCAACAUGGACCUCGACGCGCUCGUCGCCCGCGCCGCCGUGCUCUUCGCCGAGCACCCGCCCGAGCGCCUGCGCGCGUGGCGCCGCAUCUCCCGCGCCAGCGCCCUCAGGACCGCGCGCGACGCCCGGCGCGCCGCGGGCCAGACGCUCCAGGAGGGCGAGGCCUACUUCGAGAGGCAGGCCAAGGAGCUGCGGUGGCUGGACCUCCGCAACUCGCUCCUCUCGGUCGCGUGGGCGUACCGCCGCCCUGCCAAGGCUGUCGGCAUGGCCGUGGCUGUCAGUCUCGUCGCCUUCUAUAUGCGUCGCAACCCUGCCGUCGUUGACUCGAUUAUGUCGUUUCUUGCUAGGUGA